AUGGCGUCUGCAUGGCAGAAAGGGGCUACCAGAGACAAUUGGAUUGAAACAGUGCAAGGAAAACUUGAUGAAUGCAGGAAGGGCCUUCGUAAAUGGAGCAGAAAUUUGGCAAAGAAAAGAACAGCUGCAAUCAGUGAGCAGACAAAGCUACUGGGUCAAUUACAAAGAGAUGAGGGCCCUGAGGACAUUAGGUGGAAGCAACAAGCUAAGAGACGUUGGCUAGUAGGAGGGGACAUGAACAUCAGAUUCUAUCAUGCCUACAUGAACCAAAGGAGGAAAAAGAAUGAAAUAAAAAGAAUCAUUGACAAUGAGGGCAAUGAGCUUACUGACAAGGAGGAGGUUGUUAUUGGCUUCUAG